AUGUCUCCCACAAAAGAGGACCGUUUCGAUGUCGUCUACUCGCCAAUAGACAUCACCGAACGUACGGUGAUCCCCCGGUCCAAAGAGCUGUCCGAAAACUUCUGGAGCAAAUUUCAGUCCGCUGCCUUCGACUGCCCUGAAGCCCUGCUCCUAGUCUGGCCAAUCUUCGGACCCCUUAACGAGAUUACCGUCCUCGAUAGCACAGCUGUAGGCGAGGCGUUCAAAAACCGGCAACCUUUCGUCACCGAGAAUCCGGACGGUUCUAAGACAUUCCACCCUAUAGCCUCGCUACCAGCCACCUACCCCCUUCUUUCCCACAUCACGUUAUCCGUCGGUAUUUUUGACGACUUCCGUGAUGUUACCGGAAGGAUGACGGAGCUGCAUGAAUUCGAUUGGGCUGAGGUCGAAGAGGCUAAGCGCGCGGGCGUUACUAAGUUCUACUGCCACGACGAGAAGUGCAAGCCUCAGCCCUACCUAUACAUGACUCAGGAACCGGACCUAUCUAUUGAGGCUCAGGAGAAGCCCUAUGUCACCAUCGGCGAGGCCGUGUGUGCCAUUCACGAGUGGCUUCUAACCUUGCAAGAGGAGAUCCUCAUCGCCGAGACAGCGCUCUGGGAUGGCGAUAAUUGGGGCUGCCAAGCGCCAAUGCUGCCGAGGGAUACGAAAUUCUGGGUGUCUGGUCUCUGGGGAACAGAUGUCAUUCGUCAGGGCGGCGUUGGGUCUGGGGAACAGAUGCCGUGGGACCCUGAGAUGGGGGAGGGGUACCCGGCCACGGAGGAGGAGUGGGAGGAGCGUUUGGAGAUGGCGAGGAAGAGGCGAGAGGCUUUACGCGCCAGAGGCGACGGUGGCCAUGAGCCUGGGAUGAUAAAUGUCGAUUAG